GUGAGAACAGUUGUCCCCUCCGAGCAAGACGGUUGCUCUGUAUACACUCUUAAGGAGAGGCAUCGUGAGCUCGUCAUGAGUCUACUAAGGAACCCCGAGGCUGUUUUAUCAAUGUGUUUUAUGUAAAUUAGCUGAAGUGCUAUUGUCCUGCAGGUUUCUUACGACUGGGAUCACGCGCUUAUGCUUUGCCAGGUGCACAGGUUUAGGGAAGGAGUUGUUUACUUACUGGAGAAAGAGAAGCACAGUUACCAUGGAGUUAUCAAGUAUCUGAUGGAGAUUGACGCACGGGCUCACCUCCUCUCGAAGUGCCGACAAUACGGCGCAUAUGACCCAAACUUGUGGACGGAACUAUUGGUAUACCUUGCCUCCAAGACUCAAGAAUGCACGGCUGAAAUAAAAGAAGUUUUGGAGAACGUAGAGCGGCUGAACUUACUUCCUCCCCUUAUCGUAGUGAAGAUUUUGAGUAGAAACCCAGCUAUAACUUUUGGGGUUAUCAAAAACUAUCUCCGCCGAAAGGUUGAAAGAAAAAGAGAAGAAAUGGCUGAGGACGCGCAACUUAUCGCAAAAUACCGUGCGGACGCCCAAAAGAUGGAACAACAAGCAGAAACACUACGAACCGAGCCUCGGACCAUCCAGGCGGGUCACUGUACCGCCUGCCAGAAGGCUUUAGGGCUCCCCGCCCAUCACUUUCUCUGCGACCACUCCUACCACCCCAGUUGUCUUCCUGACGAGGAUUGUCCACUGUGCGCGGCGCGGUACCAGAAAGUAGUAGAUAUGCUCCAUUCUCAGGAGGAAAACCACAAGAAACACGAGUUGUUUUUUAAACAACUGGAAAAGUCGAAGGACGGGUACGCAGUAGUAGCUGACUACCUGGGAAAAGGAAUGUUUCCGAGAAAGAGCAGCUUGACUUAAAAGAAAAACUUCUCUUACUACAAACAAUUUAAGCUCAUAGUAGUUAUAGGAUAGCCGCCCCUUUUUAUUUUUCCUUAAGAAUAUUCUGCUUUACGAUA